GUCUAAUGUUUAUCCCCGAUUCUCGGGUCUGGUAGCUAGAGUCAAGUAUGCUGUAGUGAUUGAUUCUGAGGGAGUCCCAGUCCCGGCUCCGAGACCACUUUUGCUAUUUGGCCUCCCAACCGCGGGCAAGAGGCGCGAGGGCAUGGCACAGCACUGACCCCGCUCGCGCCGCUCUGCUGCUGGGGCCUGGUCGCCAUGGCGACGGGUUGUACACUACCAUAGCUUCCCAGGCCGCGAGUGCUAGCUGCCCCGCUGUUGGAGGGUGAUGGCCUCCUCUACGCCACAGAGAUCCAGCUUGGCGACCUCGUCGAGAAUACACCUGGGGCCUUCAAAAGUGACCGUAGAUGAGCACUUACCAACAGAAGCCUAUAAUGCCGAGAAACGCAAGCUUUCUCAGAAACGGAAGACACUGACCUUGUGUCAGUCCUCCAUUUGUGGCUACCUGUCCCCAUGGCCCACAUACGCCAGUGGCCAGACCAUUCUGCAUAAUCGAAAGCCCUGUUCAGAUAACUACUGGAAGAAAAUAGGUGGCUGGAAGCAGAGUAUCCUGGGCACUACCAAGCCGAGGUUCCUGGAGCAGCUAGAGAACUACCUACGCAAGGAGCUCCUCCUGCUGGAUCUGAGCGCGGAUUCUUCCCAGGAGCUGAGGCUACAGCCUUACAGAGAGAUUUUUGAGUUCUUCAUAGAGGACUUCAAAACGUACAAGCCACUGCUCUCCUCCAUCAAGAAUGCAUAUGAGAUGAUGCUGGCCCACCAGAGGGAGGAGAUUCGGGCUCUGGAACCCCUGAAGGCCAAGCUUGUUACAGUGAAUGAGGACUGCAAUGAAAGGAUCCUGGCCAUGAGGGCUGAAGAGAGAUCCGAAAUCUCUAUGCUGAAGAAAGAGAAGAUGAGUUUGCUAAAACUCAUUGACAAAAAGAAUGAGGAGAAGAUCUCAUUGCAGAGCGAGGUGACCAAACUGAGGAAGAGCUUGGCUGAGGAGUACCUGCGCUACCUCACCGAGCGAGAUGCCCGCAAGAUCCUCAUCGCAGACCUGAAUGAGCUACGGUACCAGCGGGAAGAUAUGUCACUAGCCCAGUCCCCAGGCGUCUGGGGGGAGGACCCCGUGAAGUUAGCACUGGCUCUGAAGAUGACCCGGCAAGACCUGGCGCGCACGCAGAUGGAACUCAACACCAUGAAGGCCAAUUUUGGAGAUGUGGUGCCCAGGAGGGAUUUUGAAAUGCAGGAGAAGACCAACAAGGAUCUGCAGGAGCAGCUGGAAAGCCUGAGAGAUGACUAUGAAGAGGUCCGCAAGGAGCAUGAGAUACUGCUGCAGUUGCACAUGACCACACUGAAGGAACGGGACCAGUUUUACACUGAGCUGCAGGAGAUCCAGGGUACCUCCACACCACGGCCUGACUGGAUCAAGUGCGAAGAUGUGGUGGCUGGGGGUCCAGAGCGCUGGCACAUGCUGGCCGCGGGCAAGAACAGUGACCAGCUGGUGGAUGUGCUCCUGGAGGAGAUUGGCGAGGGGCUGCUCCGGGAGAAAGACUUCUUCCAGGGUCUGGGCUAUGGGGAAUCUAUCCUCCCCUCUUUCCUUCGGUUUGAUGGCGUUGUGCAGAAUAAGAAGCCAACCAAGAAGGAUGUGAUAAACCUCCUCAAGGAUGCCUGGAAGGAACGUCUCACUGAGGAACAGAAAGAUAAGUUCUCAGAUUUCUUCUUCAAAUUCCUGGAGUCUCGCUUUGGGUCUGAUGCCAUGGCCUGGGCUUACACGAUUUUUGAAAAUAUUAAGCUCUUCCGCUCCAAUGAGCUCAUGCGUCAGUUCUAUGACAUCUUGAUGGAAAAGAAGAGCGAAAGUGUGUACAUCAAGCAGAAGGAGACAGUAACACAGCUGCUGAAGGAGUUGACAAAUGUUGACAAUCAGAAUGAGGGGGUACUAACCAUGGAGCAGUUAAGCACUGUGCUCAAGAGUACCUUCCCCUUAAAGAAGGAAGACAAAAUUCAGGAGCUGAUGGAGGCAGGGGGCUGGCAUACCAACAGCAGCAAUGCAGACUUGCUCAACUACCGCUCAUUGUUUGUGGAGGAUGAGGAAGGCCAGACUAUGCCCUUUGUGCACAAGCUGUGGGACCAGUACAUGUCUGAAAAGGAUGAGUACCUACAGGAGAUAAAGCAAGCGCUGGGCCUGGAACUCCGUGAAGAAGUGACCCUACCCAAAUUACGUGAGACCCUGAUGAUCAUCGAUCCCAGCCUGGACAAGCAGACCCUGAACAGCUAUUUGAACCAGGCCUUCCAGGUCCCUGUGAUAGAAGCGCCAGAGGAGAGUGAGGAUAAUCAAGAGAACGUUGUGGCACAGGUCCGGACUGUCCUGGAACGACUUCAAAUAAUCGACGUCAGGCGCAAGGGACCUCGGGAGCAGGAGCCUGCAAGCUAGGACCACUGUGGGCAGCUAACCCCUGACUUUUAGUAUAAAAUUGUUUGUCUGAACCCAUGCUAUUCUCUGGGUUAUGCUGGGGAGUUAAGGGGAGGAGCUGGUCCCAGGAUAUUUAUCAAAAUACAACAGAUUCUCUCUGUGACAUUUA